UGUCAGAACCCUGCUACUAGAGCCUGGAUGUGGCUCUGAGUUUCAGGGUCACUGACAUUGAUAAGACACCUGCGGCUCAGGACUCGGAGAAGAAACGGCUGCUGGUCUUGGCGGGGAAUUUGCGCGGGGUUUUACUGAGCGGGAAGAGACUUUUCAAAUGAGGGGGAGGGUAUAUAAAGGAUGGUUGGCCGGAGCCUCCCAUUCUUGGCUUUUUUGAUGUUCAUGUUUCCUACAGUAAAAGUUUCUGGUGAUAUCACAGAGAGUCUCGUGUGUUCAUUCAGGAGCGGCUGUGGUGAGCUGACACUAAGCCAAGAAUACGGACACCAUCCCGCUGUAGCGGUGAGGUGUAACAUGCAAGUGGAGGAUGAAGAGCUCUUGGGCGCAGGAGGAGGAAGGUCGGAAAGGGCCACUCCCGAGCCGGACGCUGAGUUCCACCAGCUGGCGGCCCUGGCGUCAUCCACCGCUUAUGCCCAGCCAAAUGGGGUAACCCAGAGGCGUGGAGUGGUGCGGGGAGACAGCACCGGAGGAGAGGAAGGUUCACCUUCCCCAGGCCCACAAAGGAUGGUGUUUCUGGAGGAGAGGAUGUCGGCGAUGGAGACCACCCUGGCAGUGAUGUCGAGGGCGAUGGAACGCCUGGCGUUUUUGGCGGAGCCAGAGAGAGGAAGGGAAAUUCGGGCUGGCUCAAUGUGGGACGUGAGCGUGGGAAGCAGCCAGGGCUUUGCAGACCUCCCAGCACCGAAGGGAAGGGAAAUGCGAAAGGAGCCCGGCGCCCGGCCCAAGACCCAAACAAGCCUGACGCGGGUGGAGGAGAGUGACGACGAAGGGGAAAAACCUCCGAGAAUCCCAGCUACGCUCCCAGCUGAGACCCUGGUGCCCCUGGCGAAUGCCGGGCGUGGCACAGGGCCAAGAGAAGCAGCAGCGGGGCCCACUGGUCCGCAAGGGGGCUUGCGACGGGCGGAGAAUUGGGGAUUGCCACCACAGGGACCCCUACCGAGACGAGAGGAACUAAGGAUCGAGUUUGGGGGAGAGUCCUCUGAACUGGAUUUUUUCCUGACCACGGUGAGGGGCUAUAUGGAGGACAAUGCUCACACUUUUAGAACGGAAUCCAGCCGGAUACGGGCCAUUGGUGCAGUGUUGAAGAGGGGAGCGGCCAGCUGGUACGUUCAGCUGCACGCGCGGCGCGACCCAUGUCUGGGGUCACUCCGACGCUUUAUGGGGGCCCUGGAGACCCGUUUCCGAGAUCCACUGGAGCAGAUCCGGGCGAGGGAGAAGUUGAAGACCGUCUCCCAGGGGCAGAGGUCGGUAUCUGAGUAUGCGGAGGAGUUCCAAUGCCUCGCCGAAAAGGUGCCGGAAUGGUCUGCAGUAACAAAGAUAGAACUCUUCAAAGAGGGUCUCAGGCGGGAGAUCCUCUCCUGGGCGGUGCAUCGUGAUGAGCCUGACACACUGCGCGGAUGGAUUCAGCUGGCGGGGCGCGUCGAGACAUCGCUGGCCCAGGCGAGGAGGCACCGAGGAGGGCUACAGCAGCGGCCGCAGAUGAAAGAGGGGAGCCGGAAGGAGGGAUCAACCCCAGCCGGGAGGAGAGCGGAGCCGACAGGGAACGUGAGCGCCAGCAGGAGUGGCUGCUUCGUGUGCGGCCGGUUGGGCCACAGGGCUGCCGAGUGCUGGCAGAGAAAAGGGGAAGGCGGAGGCCCGCCCAAACCAAGAGCCGUGGCAGGGAAACGCGCCGAGGAAGAACCACCGAUGAGGCACCACUCGGGGGGGUUGGACGAAGGGGAGGAGGACGCCAUGUCAGAACCCUGCUACUAGAGCCUGGAUGUGGCUCUGAGUUUCAGGGUCACUGACAUUGAUAAGACACCUGCGGCUCAGGACUCGGAGAAGAAACGGCUGCUGGUCUUGGCGGGGAAUUUGCGCGGGGUUUUACUGAGCGGGAAGAGACUUUUCAAAUGAGGGGGAGGGUAUAUAAAGGAUGGUUGGCCGGAGCCUCCCAUUCUUGGCUUUUUUGAUGUUCAUGUUUCCUACAGUAAAAGUUUCUGGUGAUAUCACAGAGAGUCUCGUGUGUUCAUUCAGGAGCGGCUGUGGUGAGCUGACA